CGUUCGGUCAAAAAGUGCGGUUAGGUAAGAGAGGGAUUAAAAAUAUUAAAAAAUAAUAGAAAUUGGCUCGUUUUCACCGAUUAUUGUAGCACCUAUUAUUGUUUUUGGUUUGCAAAGCACGAUCCCGUCAAAAUGAAGCACCACCGCACUUUGGAAUUCACCAACACGAUGAAAAGUGAUGGAAGAUGACAAUGAAUUCUACGAUACAAUCUCUGUUAAUUCAUUCUUGCCCGAAAGAAGAUUCAAAAACUACCUCAGCUUAUCCAGGAACACCGUUUAUCGAUCGAUCAUGGACUUCGACGACGGCAAUAACGUCGAAUUGGAUAAUUUGGAACAAACAAAGGUGCCAACUAAUAGGGUUGUUAAGACUUAUGAUCAGUGGAAAAAUAGGAGGUGGAGAAAUUUCUCGAGCCGUGACUUGAGCGUAGAUUUCGUGCUUGCCUACGAUGAUCAAGGGAAAGAUGCAGACGUGGAAAAGCGCAGAAUUUUCGAAGCUAAUUUGGAAGCCAACGGGUUGAUAUUGGAAAGGGAGGAAAAUCAACGGAUCCAUUUCAUCAAAAUUCACGUGCCCAGAGAGGUCUUGUGCAGAUACGCCGAAAUCCUCAAAUUGAGACUACCUAUUAGAGAUGAAGAACAAUGCCCAGCUUCGAAAGAAAAUAUUUUGACUCAAUUAGUCACCGUGAUUAUGGGCCGGUGCAAUGUUUUAUUGGACCCAAAAAAGUUUCCAGAAAAGAGAAAUUUACUUACCGCGGAAUUCAGCAAAGACAAAAAUUAUUUAUUCGAUUUCGAAGAUCCGAAUUUCUUCGAUACAUCAGUAAAAAUAACCGUAAUUUCCUACAUACUAGAAAGGGAAAAAUUCGGUGAUGAAGACCAAGACAAAGGUAUUAAAAGACUGAUCGCAGAAGGCGUCUACAAAGCUGCGUAUCCUUUACAUGAUGGCGACCUCCACGAUAGAUCGUCCAAACGAAAACUCCUAUUAGACGAAUGGGCCUCUGUCUCGAAAUGCAUAAAAUACCAACCCAUAGACGACAUCAAGGAUUACUUCGGCGUGAAAAUAGCGCUUUAUUUCUCCUGGUUGGGAUUUUACACGCACAUGCUGAUACCGGCCUCGAUAGUUGGCGUUAUGUGCCUCAUUUACGGCGCCGCGACGCUCGAUUCGGAUACCUUGAGCAGGGAUAUUUGCUCCAGAAACAUUACGAUGUGUCCGAGAUGUGAUAAAUAUUGUGAUUAUUGGAAUCUGCAAGACGGCUGUACGUACGCGAAGAUUCAGCACGUUAUCGAUAAUCCAGCGACUAUAUUCUUUGCCGUGUUCAUGUCAUUUUGGGGUGCUUUAUAUCUGGAAUUGUGGAAAAGGUACAGUGCAGAAAUAGCGCACAGAUGGGGACUAACUGGUUUCGACCUUCAAGCGGAGCCUCCCCGGCCCGAAUACCUUCUGAGAUUAGCCAACGCGAAGAAGAAGAAACUGAACGUGGUAACCCAGCUACAAGAGCCGGUGGUUCCUUUUUGGCGCGUCAAGCUACCCUCUAUUAUCCUGAGUUUCUCGAUCGCUUUGUUCUGGACAAUGAUAGCGCUCGUGGUCGUUGUCGGUAUUGUGGUGUAUCGAAUGUCCUACGUAACUUCGGAUGUCCUAUAUGGGGAUAAACUUAGUUAUAAAAUAUACAUAGUACCGGUAACCGCAGGUCUGAUUAACUUGGUGUGCAUCGUUAUUUUGAAUUUUAUUUAUAAUAGAUUAGCGGAAUGGUUGACCGAAAUGGAAUUACAAAGGACUCAAACAGAGUUCGAUGAUAGUUUAACUAUUAAGAUUUAUAUGUUUCAAUUCGUUAACUACUAUUCGUGCAUAUUUUAUAUAGCUUUUAUUAAGGGAAAAUUUGUCGGUUAUCCGGCCAAAUAUAAUAGGAUUUUCGGUUAUCGACAAGAGGAGUGCAAUCCUGGUGGUUGUCUUAUGGAAUUGACAAUACAGUUAGCAAUUAUUAUGAUAGGUAAUCAAGCAGUCAAUACAAUAAUUGAAAUGGUAAUACCUCUGUUUCUAAAAAUGUACAAAACCUUUAUCAUUACCACUGGUAUUGAGAAAGCUGAGAAGGAAGAAGUAGCGUUAAUUAGUUGCAAUCAAUGGACGGAAGAUUACAAAUUAUCCGAAUUGGAAAGCAGGAGUUUAUUUGCUGAAUAUCUGGAAAUGGUGCUACAGUAUGGUUUCAUCACCAUUUUUGUAACCGCAUUCCCUCUAGCGCCCCUCUUCGCUCUAAUAAACAACGUUUUGGAAAUGAGACUGGACGCCAAAAAGUUUAUAAAAUAUUACAGGAGACCGGUACCUCAACGUGUCAAAAACAUCGGAGUUUGGUAUUCGAUAUUAGCGAUCGUCGGUAGAAUAUCGGUUGCUUCUAACGCUUUCAUAAUAGCAUUCUCGUCCCAUUUCAUACCUCGUUUAGUGUACGAACUGAGAGUGUCCGGUAACCACACCGAAGACGGUUAUUUAGAACACAGUUUAGCUUCCUUUAAAACUGCCGAUUUUCCAAUCGAAUCGGCUCCGAUAAAUCCAUCAAUAAAUCCAACAGUGUGCAGGUACACGGAGUACAGAAAUCCAUACGAUAUCACGGACGAAACUCAAAAGUACAAACGGCCUUUGAUAUAUUGGCACAUAUUGGCUGCACGAUUGGCCUUCAUAGUCGUGUACCAGAACCUGGUGAGUUUCGUUAUAACGAUCGUUCAAUGGAUGAUACCGGACGUAAGCAGGAAAUUGAACGAUCGGAUCAAACGGGAGGCGUACAGAACGAACGAGAUUAUCAUUCACAAUGAAACGGAGCGGGCGCAACAGCAGAAGAAAAAUCUUUCAGACAGGAGACGGUCGUUGAACCAUAAAUAAAUUAUUGUUGUUAGGAGACAUACGUUCAGUAAUUGAUUGAAGUAAUUUCGGAUUUUUAGAUGUUUUACUUUUAAAUUUUUAAUCUGAUUGUUGUUACGCUUGCUUUGCCUUUUUGCUUAUGCUUAUUUGGGAGUUUUAUUCAAAUUUUUGGCGUCGUUGCUACAAAUUUAUUUCUAAAUGUUCAGAACAUUUAUUUUAUAAACAUGGUGUCUAACAAAUGUAUCUAAUACAUAGUUUGAAUCCAUGAACCGGACUAUCUGGGUAUAAUAUUUGGUUGGAUUAUACAAAAUCUCUUCAACAUUUUAUAUGUUGCCUAUUUCUUCAUUUCUGUUCUCUUCAAAUUAUUUUCUAUUCUUAAUAUAACAAUUUUCUUCGUUUUGCCAUUGAUAGAUUUUAUUUGUGGAUUGUUAUCCUAUUCUAAUUUAUUAAGCAUGUUUAAAAAUGGGUAGAUACUGAAGUACCCAUUAACCAGAAGAGGUAGUAAAUUAUUUUUUAUGUCAUUUUAGUUCCCCCUUCAUAUCUUAGAACCGGUUUUAGGCAUUUUUUGAUAUCAUCUUUCGUUUGGGAGAUAAAGCCAUUGUGAAUUUUUAAAUUGUCAUACUGCAUUUUUAUUGUGUAAUGCAAAUCUAACAAAUUUCGGACAGAAGUCUUUGGUCUACACUACUAAUUUUCCAUCAAUAUACUAGUCUAGCUACACGUAGAGUUACCAUAAAUAUACGUUAAUUAAUAUUUACGAUAUCUUCGCAGCGAGAAAAAAUAGGGAUUCUAUGAUCUCUUCUUCCACUGUUUAUUACGAUGCGAUAAAUGGAGAUAUAGGUGCUGAAGAGGAAUUAAGGCGUCAUAAAAACUCGGAAUUUUACGAUAUAGAAUAAAUUUAGAAAGGUACACCUAUCGAUACUAUAAACACUAAUGUGUAAUUAACUUGCAAAGCACAUUUUUGUGUAUUUCGUGAUUAGUGGCCUUCAACCUUGCCUUAUCCUUUAGGGUACUAGUCAGUAAAGGAUCACUGUAAUACAUAAAUAGGAUAUUUUUCUAGAUGAACAAAUUUAUAUUCUCAAAAUAUCUAAUACUCAUUUGCUAAAGUGUGAUUGUCAAGAUUCGUACAAUAUGUAUAUUUUAAGAAUAUAAAAUUGUAUACUUAUUUUUAACGCUUUAAGCUUGUAAUAUAGCUUUUAUUAUUUUUAAUUAUUGUAUAUAUUUGUCUCAAAACUUGAUGGAUCAAUUUGUUAUUCUAAAUAUUUGCUCUGCAGUACCUGUGCUGAUUUUACUAUAAAAUAAUAUUUUAUAUACCUUCCAAUUUUA